GCUUUUCAGAGAAGAAAUCAAAACAAGAUUACACGACAGGCCUUAAAUCCAUCAUCUAUCACUGACUACCUGUGUGAUUUUGGAUCUUACUUAAUUUUCCUGACCCUGAAUUUUUUUCCUCUGGUGCAAAAUAGAAAACAAACAAAACAGUAACAAUAACAAGACAUCCUACCUUAGAUGUUCUGAUACCUAUGAAGAUAAAGCAAGUCAGAAGCAGUCAUUAAAGACACUGCCACCCAAUGUUGCUUAAUCCAAGUGCAUAUAUAUAAGUAGAGUUGGAAUAUAGCAUCAGCCACUACCAAAUGCUGACGACAAGAAACUUCAUUAUUUGAGACCAGCCCUUCACGUUUAUAACUAAGAAGCCUGAAAAAUGAAGACUAAAAUGAAGUAUUCAGCCACCAAAAUCUCCCCAGCAAAGAUGAAGAGUUCAGCAAGCAAGGCUUUGGUAAAAUCUCCCAAGCUGAGAAAAUCCCAACAGAAAGCUGAAGAAGUUUGCCAGAUGUAUUUUAUGCAGCUGCGCUCUGGCCUUAUCAUAGAAAAGACAGCCUGUUAUUUUAGGAAAGAAAUCACCAAAAGGCAUCCACCAAGAACAGCUGAAAAGUACAAAGAGCACCAUGUGGUAUUCACUGCUUGUCGUCAGCAGCUAAAGAAAGACUUUGCCUGUGAGGUACCUAUGGUCCAGAAAUGUAUUGGAGCAACUAAUAUUCCGAGUAUCCAAGAAUAUUCUGCUUCCCUGAGCACAUACAAUGACCAAUCUAUUACUUUCGUUUUUGAGGAUGGAAGUUAUGAGAUCUAUGUAGAAGACGUGGGAAAAGACCAAGAGAAAGAUAAGGUGUUAUUCCGUUAUUAUGAUUCUCAAUCCCCCUCUCAUGAAACAGGUGAUGGUGUUGAUGGCCAGACAUUAUUGGUAAACCUGAGUCCUACAAAAGACAAAGAUUUUUUGCUGCAUGCCAACAACAAGGAACACUCUGUGGAGCUACAAAAAUGUGAAAAUCAAUUGCCAGACCAGGCCUUCUUCCGCCUCCAUAGGAAGUCUUCUAAAUGUGUUUCAUUUGAAUGUAAGAACAAUCCUGGAGUGUUUAUAGGAGUAAAGGAUAACCACCUUGCCCUAAUUAAAGUAGGGGACCAAACUGAAGAUUCGAGUAUAGAGAAUACCAUAUUUAAGCUUUCUUAACUUAAUGUGAUGAAAGCUGUGGAGCCUGGGUUGGGUAGCCCAAAUAGCUACUGCUGGAGAAAGGAAGGAUGAGAGAUUAAAAAAAAAAAAAAAAAUUAAGGGAAAUGGAGAUUACUUAGUAUGCUCUAGAAUAUUUUUCUUAUUAUUUGUAUAAUAUAUUUUUAUAAUCCUUCAGUUCUGUUUUUUAUUACCCUUUGUCUCUCUACAUAUUCAAAAGUGUGUUGUUAAAGAAACCUCAGAAAAUA